UGCCAUUUCCUGCACUGAUAGGAGUAGGUUGGCAGGUGAUGAGUUAGGAAGUUAGUUAUCUUUUUGUCUGAAUACAAAGGGAAGGGUUAAAAGAUAUUGUUGUUCUGAGGGGUGGAGAUGGUGCUUUUCCUUGGUCAAUGAUGAGACUUGGCAUGUAUUAUCUGACUCUAAAGUUGAAGAUCACUGCUUUAGCUCUAGAAUUACUCUGAGACCUAGGAAAUGUGAUCUUUUGUUUAUAAGGAUGAAUUUGUGUUCUAGUGCUAUGUCUUCCCAAAUAUCACGUAUGUCCCAUAGUUGCCUUUCUACCUGCUAUAAUGAGCCUCAACAUCACUGGAUUUAAUCUGGAUUCUACUAGAAAAGUGUAGAUAUACUUUGAGAGGUCAGGAUACAGUGGGUUUUCCAUGGCAGGGAUCCUGGAAGCCCUGAGAACCCUGGUUCCCUGCUGCAGAUACAGGAGGUCUCCCAACAAGAUGGUCUCAAUUACGUUUUAAAGUGUGGUGCCUCUGACUGAAACCUGCCUUCUCUUAUGCCAUGUGUAUGGUCUCGCUCUCCUGCUCACCUGUAGCAAGAAAAUACAUAAAUUACUAUGGAAUUUUAUAAUACAGUAUGAAAAAUCAUAGGAGUACUGUAUGUCGGAAUAUUUGAGGAUGAGUGGUGUCUACUGGGGACUGACAGUAAUGGAUCUCAUGGGACAGCUGCAACGAAUGACCAAAGAAGAAAUUCUAGCAUUCAUCAAAUCAUGUCAACAUGAGUGCGGUGGAAUAAGUGCCAGUAUAGGUCACGAUCCUCACCUUUUAUAUACCCUUAGUGCUGUCCAGAUUCUUACCUUAUAUGAUAGUCUCCAUGUUGUUGAUGUAAAUAAAAUUGUUGACUACGUAAAGAGCCUGCAAAAAGAAGAUGGAUCAUUUGCUGGAGACAAAUGGGGAGAAAUAGAUACCAGAUUCUCUUUCUGUGCUGCAGCAACACUAGCUCUUUUGGGAAAGCUAGAUGUUGUUGAUGUGGAAAAAGCAGUCGAAUUUGUUUUGUCCUGUAUGAACUUUGAUGGAGGAUUUGGUUGUAGACCAGGUUCUGAAUCGCAUGCAGGGCAGAUCUAUUGUUGCACAGGAUUUCUGGCUAUAACAGGCCAGUUGCACCAAAUAAAUGCGGACUUGCUGGGCUGGUGGCUUUGUGAACGACAGUUACCCUCUGGGGGUCUCAAUGGAAGGCCAGAGAAGUUACCAGAUGUAUGUUAUUCAUGGUGGGUGUUAGCAUCCCUGAAGAUAAUUGGUAGACUACAUUGGAUUGACAGAGAGAAAUUGCGCUGCUUUAUCUUGGCAUGCCAGGAUGAGGAGACUGGAGGAUUUGCAGACAGACCAGGAGAUAUGGUGGAUCCUUUUCACACCUUAUUUGGAAUUGCUGGUCUAUCAUUGUUAGGAGAUGAACAAAUUAAGCCUGUCAGUCCUGUUUUCUGUAUGCCUGAAGACAUCCUUCAAAGAAUAAAUGUACAGCCUGAACUUGUGAGCUAGACCUUACAGAAGCAAACAGUUGCUAUGCUCAGCUGCUUUGAUUUUGUUGGUUGAAACUCAUCUCAAACAUACUUGCAUAUAUUUUUCACUUUAAUGUGUUUACAUCAGUACAGUAAGAAAUUAUCACUGUACAAUAAACCUUGUCACUUUGUCUGUGGAUUGUGUCAAAAUGGCUUGUUUAAAUAAAUUAUGUGGAUGUUAUAUGUAUUGCAGGUUCUGUAACAGAUGAAGAAACAUUUUUAGAUGCAUCUAAAUAUGUGGACCCGUGGGCUCUGUUUGUACACUAACUCAAAACAACAGCAUAUUAGUCACAGUAAUAGAGUACUUGAACAACUUGAUUUUUUUGUAUUUCCUACAAUAUCAAUCAUAAAACAUUGUCUUGAUAAUAUAAGCAUGUAUUGACAGUGAAUUGCCCUGAGCACUGUAUUUAAGAGAAGCAGAGAAAAGAUACUACUAGUUAGAACACUUUGAUGUGAGUGGACACCUGUGCAUUUAAAACAUCCUGUUUAGGAUAUACCAUCAUUUUUAUCUAAUACUGAUAAUUUUCUUCUCAUAGCAAUUGAUAAGUGUAAAGGUUUUUGUUCUCAGCAAAUACAGUUGUUACCCACCAGUAAAGUCCUUUAUUAAAGAAAAUAUUUUUACUACUGGAAAUACAAUAUCAUUUGUGUUGAUUGUAGAUUGAGACUUGCAGGUAAUAAGACUUGCAGGUAAUAAGCAUUCUACAGAUCACCUCUCUACAGUAGUAUGACUUGCCAAAUGUGCUGCUAAUUGAAAAUUUGUCAUUGAUAUGAAUUACUAUUUCAUUAGCACUUGAGAAAAUAGUUGUGAAAGAAAUAUCAAAAAUAAAAGUAGCUAUGAAAUAUUUUUUCUGAAGGAUGAAAUUGUUUUGUCUUCAUUGGAGUGCUUAAAGUGCCUCUAUUUUACAUCUCAUAGCAUUGUGUGUUUGCAUCUGGCCACCAUGUUCUGACUGAGGAGGACUAAAUGAAAUUCCAGUUGGAUCAUAUUAAAGGUAAUUGUGAAGGAAAAAGUAGCCUUUAACAGUCUCCAGCUUAUUUAUAGUUAAAGAUGUCCUAAAAAUUUUUUCAAAAUAGUUCUCCAUUUUUUUAAUAGAAUGGUCAAUGCAAAGCACUAAUCCUUACUUCAAUUGGCUUAUUUUAAGGUUAUUUUUCUUUAAAAGCCUUUUUGCCAGUCAAACUAUUUUUUUCUAAAUUAACGGAUGGUUCUUUUAGAUAAGACUACUGGUAAGAAAAGUUUUACAAAGCAAACUAGUAUCCUAAUUAGUCAUUGUUUUAAAUAUAUUUUCUUGUCUUCCACUUUAAUUACAAUAUUAUAUAGAAUUUUUGGAAAGAUUCUGGUACUGUAUAUUGUAGUUAAUCCAGCAAUGUGUAUCACUACACAUAUUCAUUUGUAAACUGAAUGAGAGAUAAUCUUCCAUCAAUAAAGCAUCCAGUGAAGAAAAUUAGUUGUCCUUUACAACAUGUGGAAUUUAAAGUACUUAGUUUCAGAGCAGAGUGCAUUGGUAUCAUUAACUACCUCAUUUUAUCUUGUUAAAUGUUAAGAUUUUCAGCUCACUUUGUGGAAUUACAGUAAGAUAUUAGUACUGUCUUUGGUGACCGCUUGUCUUUGCAUGUAGAGAUCCUUUAUUAAAUGUUU